AGCAAGCAGGCAAGAUGAGCUGUUGAGGGAUGAGAGGGUGCAAUCGAGCGAAGAGGUAGCGUGCGCAGAAUAAAUACGUGACACAAAACGCACAGUUUCUCUCCUCCAAACUGCUCCAAACCCAUCGAGAUUCAAGAGAGAGAAAUCGAAAUCAGUCGACUGACAGUCAGUCAGUUCCGCGUUGAGCGCCAAUGCGCAUCUUAAAUAUUAUAUAUUAUUUAUCAUCAUCAUCAUCAACAACACUAUCAUCAUCACCAUCAUCAUCUUGAAAAAAUAUUUAUUAUUUAUUUUAUCAUCAGCAACAACAUUGUCAUCGCUGUUGAUUCUUUUGAUCUAUUUAAAUUAUCAUCACAAGUAACAUCAACUUGAUAACAAAUCAAAUAGUAAAUAGAUUAUUCAAAAAAAAAUAAUUAAAAGUUUAAGAAGCAAAAAAAAAAGAGCCAAAUACAUUUCCCUAUAUUUAUUUUAUGUUAUUUUUUUUUUUUGAGUUUUAUUUUGUCUUGUUGGUCGAUGUUAUUUCGAGAGGUGGAGUCUUAUUUUGGUACUUGUAUUAAACUUUGUGUUUGAAAUAUAUACAGUGAGCUAGAAAAUAUAUAUAUUAUUAAAAAUGUAUUUAUUAUGGUGCCAAUGGUGUUGUAGUUUUUUAAAUUAUUCUUGUUUUUGUUAAUAAUAAAAAUCAUGAAUAUAGUGUAGUGUUAAUUUUCGAUUAUAUACAUUGACAAAUGACAAUGUUGUUAAUAAUAAGAUGAUGCAUAACACAGUGGCUAUUGUUAAUAAUAAUAAUAAUAAUAAUAGUAAUUGAUUAAAUCAAUUAUAUAUAUAAUUUUACAAGUUAAAUUGUAAAUUAAAAAAAUAAUAAAAAUAAUAUAAUGGCCCUUCAUUGGGACAAGUUAUCACCAGCUGAAUUUCAGCAACUUCAAGAUUUAGCAGCAUAUUCUACAAAAAAACUUGAAGAUGUACUCUCAGAAUUUUGUAGCAAUACGAUAACUCCAAGUGGUCUACCAAAGUAUCAUCCAGAUGGGGAUAUUGAUUAUGAUGGAUUUAGAAAGUUUCUUGACACGUAUCUUGAAGUUGCAACACCAGAUGAAUUGUCACGACAUCUUUUUCUUUCAUUUCUCAAAAAAGGAUCGAGAAAUAUUGAUGGAAAGGCUUUCAAGGAAAUGGCAGCAUUAUCAUCAACAACAGCAUGUGCAGCAAUAACAUCUCACACAACAUCAAGUACAAAUGUCAACAGUACUUGUCCUUCAAUGUCAACUGAAAGCCAUAGCUCAUCUUUGGCUGAUAAAAUUCAUGGUUUAACUGAAAAAAUUCAAGCACUUGGUCAUCAUAGAAAUGACAGUGAAUUAUCAGCAAGAAAUCGUACAGGGAGUGUACAUCCAAUGCUUACUGUUGCUCAUACGUCAUACAGUUGUCAUGAUGUCUUGGAAAAAAAAAGUACAGACAGCAGUCCAAGUCACAGUCAAGUAUCUCGCAAUUCAUCACGAAAAUCAAACAAUUCUUUGCUCGUGAAUAAUGGAAAAUUUGAAGAAAUAAGACAUUUCGUUAGAAAACAAAGUACCAUUGAUGUUCAUUCAGUUAAAGUAAGUUUAAAAGACAUUGUUUGUUAUCUGUCACUUCUUGAAGCUGGAAGACCAGAAGACAAAUUGGAAUUUAUGUUUCGGCUUUAUGAUACUGAUGGAAAUGGAGUUCUUGAUACAAAUGAAAUGGAUUGCAUCGUAAAUCAAAUGAUGAAUGUUGCCGAGUAUCUUGGAUGGGAUGUUUCAGAAUUAAAACCAAUAUUGCAAGACAUGAUGCUAGAAAUUGAUUACGAUGCAGAUGGUACAGUGUCAUUGGAAGAAUGGAAACGUGGUGGUUUAACAACAAUUCCAUUAUUGGUACUACUUGGUCUUGAUUCACAUGUAAAAGAGGAUGGUAAUCAUUUAUGGAGACUAAAACAUUUUAGCAAACCAGCAUAUUGUAAUUUGUGUUUAAAUAUGCUUGUUGGACUUGGCAAAAAAGGACUCUGUUGUGUUUUUUGCAAAUAUACUGUUCAUGAAAGAUGUGUACAAAGAGCACCAGCUUCUUGUAUUGCAACAUAUGUUAAAAGUAAAAAAACAUCACAAACAAUGGUGCAUCAUUGGGUGGAGGGUAAUUGUCAUGGUAAAUGUUCAAAAUGUAGAAAAACAAUAAAAAGUUAUAAUGGAAUAACUGGACUGCAUUGUCGAUGGUGUCAAUUGACUUUGCACAAUAGAUGUGUAUCACAAGUUAAAGCUGAAUGUUGUUUGGGUGAUAAUGCAGUACAUAUAUUACCACCAACAGCAAUAUGUCCAGUUGUACUUGAUAGACAAAGAUCAUUAUCACGUGAUAGUAAAAGAGGCAGUAAACAUGGACAAGAUACAUCAUCAAUUGGUUCAGUCAGUAGUGCAUUUUUGAGUUCUGGUAAUUCAUCAAAUCAACAACCAGCAAUGUCAUUUCAAAUAACUCCAUUAGCAAAUUCUGUACCACUAUUGGUAUUUAUUAAUCCAAAAUCUGGUGGUAGACAAGGUGAAAGAAUGCUAAGAAAAUUUCAAUAUAUAUUAAAUCCACGACAAGUACAUAAUUUAGCAAUUGGUGGACCAAUGCAAGGAUUACAAAUGUUUAAAGAUGUUGAAAAUUUUAAAGUUAUUUGUUGUGGUGGUGAUGGAACUGUUGGUUGGGUUUUAGAAACAAUGGAUCGUGUACAAUUUGAACAACAACCAGCAGUUGGUGUAAUUCCACUGGGUACUGGUAAUGAUUUGGCAAGAUGUUUAAGAUGGGGAGGUGGUUAUGAGGGUGAGGCUAUUUAUAAAGUAUUAAAAAAAAUUGAAAAAUCAACACCAGUUAUGAUGGAUAGAUGGCAAAUUGAUGUACUUGAUGAUCAAAAAGAUGAAAAAAAAAAAAAAACAAAUCAAGAUUCAAUACCAUAUAAUAUUAUAAAUAAUUAUUUUUCUGUUGGUGUUGAUGCAGCAAUAUGUGUUAAAUUUCAUCUUGAACGUGAAAAAAAUCCCGAAAAAUUUAAUAGUCGUAUGAAAAAUAAAUUAUGGUAUUUUGAGUAUGCAACAACAGAACAAUUUGCAGCAAGUUGUAAAAAUUUACAUGAAGAUUUAGAAAUAAUAUGUGAUGGUACACCACUUGAUUUAGCACAUGGACCAUCACUUCAAGGUGUUGCAUUAUUAAACAUUCCAUUUACUCAUGGAGGAUCAAAUCUCUGGGGUGAACAUCAAAUAAGACAUCGACUUGGCAAAAGAAAAAAAAGACCAGAUAAAGAAUUAAGUACAAGCAGUUUUAAUUCUGUUGAUUUGACUGUUGCAAUACAAGAUAUUGGUGAUAAUCUCAUUGAAGUAAUUGGUCUAGAAAAUUGUUUGCACAUGGGACAAGUUAAAACAGGUCUUCGUGCAUCUGGUAGAAGACUUGCACAAUGUAGUAGUAUUGUCAUCACAACCACCAAACGUUUUCCAAUGCAAAUUGAUGGUGAACCAUGGAUGCAAGGACCAUGCACAAUUCGAAUUACUCAUAAAAAUCAAGUGCCAAUGCUAAUGGCACCACCACCAGACAAAAGUCGUGGCUUUUUCCGUUUUCUCAGAAGAUGAACAUAUAUUUUUUAAUUUAUAAAAUAAUUUAUUUUAAAAGAAAAUUUAAUUCUCAUUUUAAAAUAAUAUUAUGUAAUGUGUAAAUUGUGUUUGUUUGAUCUCGUUUGAAUCGUAAUAUUUAUCUGAUAAUAAUAAUUUAAAAUUUACUCGUUAAAUUUAACGAAAAUAAUGUACAAUUAUUAGUAAAUCAUACAUAGAUUUAAGUUUUAAAAAAUUUAUAAAACCGUUAUUCAUCGGUUAGCAUUUAAUUGUCUAUUAAUUUGUCUAUUUUUAAUUUUUUAUUUAUUCAAAAAAAAAAAUACAACUAACAAAUAACAACUGCAGAAUGGAAUUAAAAUUAAAUAUUGUGCCAAUUUUUAUUUUUUUUCAUUAUUUAAAAUAAAUAUUUAUUAACAAAAAAUUGUAUGGCUGCUUGAAAAUCAUCUACUGUCUCUGUCGAAAAUAAAAAUGAAUAAUAAUCAAAGAAAUACUUUUUAAAAAUAAAAAAUAUAUUAACACAAAAAUUUAUAAAACUAAUAUAAUAGAUAAAUAUAUAUAUGAACACCAUUUUAAAUUGAGUCCAACAAAUAAAUACUUGAAUUAACAAAAUCAUAAUUACUCUCCGUCCGCACGAUAAAAAAAAUAAAUAAAAAAAACUUGAAAAUGUAAUGAUAAUAUUAAUAAUAAUCUUUAAAAAAAAAAAAAAAAAAGUAUACAAGGAGAAAAAUAUAAAAACUAACGAUUCAUCGCAUAACGUCGAUAAUAUAAUAGCAUUUAAUAAUUUAUAUGAAAAAUAUAUGAAUAAAAAAAAAUAUAAUUAAUUUGAGAUAUUAUUUUGCAAAUAAUGCCGAAAGAAAAUAGAAAAAAAAACUUAUUAUUGCAGGGACCAUUUAUCUUUGAAAAAUUGGCUGGUCAAUUUGUCUUAAUUAAAUAUAAUUUAAAGCAUUUCGAAUUGAGCAUUAAGAACAAAACAAUUGAUAAUUAAUUAUAUAAUAAAUAUAAAUAAAUGUGCACCUGAAUUGAUCAUAGAUAAAAUUUACUAUGUAGAAAAAGAUUAGAAAAUUUAUUAUUCGCAGAUGAAAAACAAAAUAUAAAAAAAAAAUGACGCUUAAUUAAUUAGACCAAUUAAUAUUCUGAAUAAUUAUAAACAAAAGCCAAAUAUAUUCAAUUUAUUAGCAACUAUUAUUAUUAUUAUUAUUAUGUGAAAAUAAAUAUAAAUGAUUUAUGAAAUUGAUUGACACAAUUUAGAUAUGUAUGUGUGAUAUUUUAAUUAGAGCAACAACAACAACAACAACAACAAAAAUAAUAAUAGUCUCAUCAACUGUGUGUCAGUGUGUAUUUUCAUGAUAAUAAUUAUAUGAUAUAUUAAUAAAAAUAGUGAUUGAAAUUCAAUAAUCAAAUUGUCAGGUGUCAUGAAUAACUAUGUAAUUUAUUUAAAAAAUAUUAUAGUUAAUUAAUAAUAACUUAUUGAUCUGAUGAAAUAAAUAAAUAUAUAUAUAGAAUAUUUUAAAUUGAAAAAUAAUUGUAGACCAAAUAAAAAUAUGUCUAGUAAUUGAUUGGCAAAAUAAUGAAUAUAUAUUUAAUGCAGUUAAAGUGUUAAUUAAUUAUAAUAAAAUUUAUGAAAAAAAAAUAAAAUAAACAAACAAAGAAACAAGUAAAUAAAUAUCCCUAUUCUCUAAUGUGAUAAAAUAAUGAAAAAAAAUAUGAAAAAAAAAAAAACAAAAAAAAUAAUAGAUAUAUUAUUUAUUCUUUGAAUAUAUCUAGAUGAGUUUAAUAAACUGCCAAUUAUAAUUACUUGUUUUGUCUAAUAUUAUGUAACUAUAUAUUAAUUAAUGAAAAAUUAAAAUUGUAGUAGCAUACUAAUGUGAAUAAACUAUUGAAAAAAAUAUAUAUAAAUAAAAUAUAAUAAAUCUAUAUACAAUAAAA